CAGGCAGAGGACCCUCAUGGCGGCGCGCGUUUUUUGAGGCCUGCGUCGCAGAUUCCCCGCGCGGGACGACGACGACGACGAGGAGGAGGAGGACGAGGAAGAGGACGAGGAGGAGGAGGACGAGGAGGAGGAGGACGAGGAGGAGGACGGCGACGAUUUGGUGGUGGUGAGAAGCCGGAGAGAACGAGAGGUAGACCCGAGGCGGAACAUGGGCUCGAGCGAUGAUGUGGACCGCUGCCUCUUUGUGGGCAACCUGGACCCGCGCUCCACUGAAGAAGUCCUCUUCGAGCUCUUCCUGCAGGCGGGUCCCUUGGUCAAGGUGUGGAUUGCUAAGGACAAGGAUGGCAAGCUGAAGCAGUUUGCCUUCGUGACGUUCAAGCACGAGGAGUCGGUGCCAUACGCCAUGGGCCUCAUGAACGGCAUCCGCCUCUUUGGACGUGCGCUCAAGCUGCAGUAUCGCACAGGGAGCACUCAUAUCAGUGAAGAGAAGGCAGAGCUGUGGGGAACUGGUCACAAGCAAGAAAAUAUCAACGGAGCAGCCAACCCAUCUCUCAACAGGUACAAUGGGAACCCAGCCAAUGGAAAUGCGCUGCAUCCUACGUACUUUUAUCAGAUGCCUUUGUCAAACCCUGCACUAAACUUGCAGGCUUCGGUGAGCAACUUUAACAUGGCUCAGUCCAACAGGCAGCAACAUGCUAUUAGCUACCCCCGACAACACCUUCAGCAGCAGCAGCCGCCGUCGCAAGCCGUGCUGGGCGAGAAUGAGGCACGUAUGUUGGCCAGCGGUGGUGGCAGGGCCGUGGGAGUCGGUGAGCAGCAGAGACGGAAUCACUCCGACGCUUGGGGAUGGCAGAGAAACCAGUGGGCCCAACCUGCACCCUUUCACUACCAGCAGCAACAUCAAUCAUACCAGCAACAGCAGCAGCAGCAUCCUUAUCAGCAGAGGCCACCAUUUCAGCAGUGGCGUGGCCCUAUGUACUAGGUGGAUGCAUGUGCUUAGGUUGUAGCGAGCGUGUGGAGUUAAUUUGUUAACCUUUGCCACGUGGCUACUGAGAACUGCUGUUUCCAGAGGCGUUUCUUCAGCCACAGACAGGCGAAAGACCGCUCUUUAAAAAAUGUAAACAACUCAGGUGAGAGAGCAUCUUAGUUUCACAGUUUUGGGGGCUUUUUCCAUGUCAUAAAUACCGAGCCCUCUAUUACAUACCUUCGGCAGCUACCUGGAACAUUACAGAUUUUGGGAGGAUUUUUAUUUAUUUUUACCAAAAAAAAA